UGUGAGUGCAGCUGCAGCUGGAGAGACAUGCGAGGAGAACUCUGCUGAAGACUGAUCAUGUUAAGCAGACAGAAUGAGGCUGACCGAACCCUCUUUGUGGGAAACUUGGAUUAUAACGUCAAAGAGGAGACCCUGUAUGAGCUCUUCCUGCAGGCUGGACCUUUGAGCAAAGUGACCAUUGCUAAAGAUAAAGAGGGCAACUGCAAGUCAUUUGGGUUUGUCUGCUUCCAGCAUUUAGAAUCUGUACCAUAUGCUAUAGAAUUACUAAAUGGCAUCCGCCUGUUUGGCCGGCCCAUUAAACUUCAAUAUCGAACAGGGAGUACCCACUCUUCAGAAUCGGACAGCGUUUUCAAGGGGCCUGAAAAUGGCUUUGUCAGUAGUCCUCUAGAAUAUGGAAUGCCUGUAUCGGGAGGAAAUUAUGAUUCUUCGCAUCCUGCACCUCCUGUUGACAGUAGCUUCUUCUCUCAGGCCUACGUCUGUUUUCAGGGAAUGAUGAACCAGUUCUUUGCACUACAGAAUCCUGCAUUUGGUUGGACAGCGCCAGAGCAACAAGGCUAUGAACAGUUCUUUCCAUGGAACAAGCAGACCUCAAUGUACCCUUAUUCCGGACCUCAGCCAAGCUGCAGUACUGUUCCAGGUUCUUCCAGCUGGGAUUCGGAGAUGGCUCAAGACUGCAGAAUCAGCCAGAGUGAAGCAGGAUCUCAAAAUCAUAAGAGAACUGCGGAGAACAUUGACAGUGAUAGCUCAGAAACAAGUCUUCGGGAAUACAAGCCUAGUAAAAGACAAAGAAAGCUCAGAGCAAAGAAAAAGAAGAAUUUGGUGUAUUGCACUAAAUAAAUUAUAAGUCAUUGGGCACUAGUUAACAUGUCC